GGAAUUAUUCACUCUACAGAACGACAUGUCAGUUUUUCAAAACGAAAAUUAAAUUGGGCAGAUGAACCGCAGAUGAAAUUCAAUCUUCCAUGCUUUCUCUAGUCUCCAAAACCCUAACAAAACCUUCUCCCUCUCUACUACGCAUAGUUUAUUCAAUUCUGCCUCGUCACUUGCCAUGCACUAGCUUCAUUGUCACCCCAGCCCUACUCAUGAGCUCCGAGUCAACUCAGUGUGUCUUCCAGCUCAAGCACGACCCGCUCACUGGUGACUCUGAGUGGGUGGUCAUCAGAAAAGACGAAGAAGAACAAGAAGAAGCCUUCGGAAAUUCCCAUAAGAAUCUCUUAGCCACGACAUCGUAUUUGGACAUGCUCAAUGACUCCCCAAGGAACAGAGCAUACCGUGAAGCCAUCGACAAAACUAUAACAAAACCUUGCCAUGUGCUGGACAUUGGUGCUGGAACUGGGUUGCUGUCAAUGAUGGCUGCAAGGGCAAUGGCUUCUGGUGAGCAAAAAUCUACUGAUACCAAGGGAGUGGUGACAGCUUGUGAGUCAUACCUUCCAAUGGUAAAAUUGAUGCGAAAAGUUUUGCAUAUUAAUGGUAUGGGAAGGAAUAUAAACAUCAUCAAUAAACGCUCUGACGAGCUCAAAGUCGGCAUGGAUAUUCCUGCGCGUGCCGAUGUUUUAGUUAGCGAGAUACUAGACUCAGAGCUGUUAGGUGAAGGUUUAAUACCAACUCUACAACAUGCACAUGAAAUGCUGCUUGUGGAAAAUUCACUAAGUGUACCAUAUCGAGCCACAAUUUAUGGCCAGCUGGUUGAGAGUACGUUCCUGUGGAAGCUGCAUGAUUUAUAUAAUAAUGAAGCAAAAGCAUCAGAUGAUAUUCGUCUUGUUCCAACUGGCUUGGAUACUAUUUUAAGUGUCAAAUUGCAGCAACAUCCCAUGCAUUGUGAUGCAAUCGCAAAAGAAAUAAAACUGCUGUCAGAACCCUUCAAAGUUUUUGAAUUUGACUUCUGGAAACGGCCAGACAGCCAUGGGGAAGCUGAGCUGCACAUCAAGACCACUGAUAAUGGCAGAGUUCAUGCUAUAUUAUCAUGGUGGAAGCUGCAGCUUGACUAUGAAGGGACAAUCUUUUAUUCCACUUCCCCAAAAUGGAUAGGCUUGCCAACAAAAAUAAGUACUGGUCAUUGGCAUGACCAUUGGAAACAGUGUGUGUGGUUCCUUCCAGGGAAAGGUAUAAAUGUUGACAAGGGUGACCACCUUCUAUGGCGUGCAAUUCAUACUGAUAUUGGUUUCUCAUAUGACAUUCCAACCCAAGAUACUGAGAUGAGGCAGUAUAAUUUUUUUGCUGGGGAUUUUCAACUUGUGCUACCUCCUGAAAGAAUUGGAACCUAUGGAGACAAUAAAUGGAGGUCUUCCAUGUUAACAGCUCUAAGAAGUGCUCUGCAGGCAAGAGUUCAACCACUAUGUGUCGUUGCAGAUGAUAGUCUGUUUUUAACACUUGCUGUUGCACGUCUUUCAAGAACUGCAAAUUUGAUAUCAUUAUUUCCUGGGUUGCGGGAGAGGGGUGCCCAAUAUUUGCAAACAGUGGCUGAUGCAAAUGGUCUUGCCCCAGAUCAUGUAAAAGUUUUCCACAAUAAGAAACACUUGACUCUGCAUGAUACUAAUGAGAAGAAGAUUGAUUUAUUGAUUGGAGAACCAUACUAUUAUGGAAAUGAUGGAAUGCUUCCAUGGCAGAACCUGAGAUUUUGGAAGCAACGGACUAUGCUGGACGCUGUCCUCUGUGAUGAUGUUUUAAUAAUGCCUUGUAAAGGAAUACUGAAGGCUUGUGCAAUGUCUCAGCCGGAUCUAUGGAAUAGUCGCUGCUGCUUAAGGAAUAUUGAGGGAUUUGAUCAUUCUGUUGUAAAUACCACUUUAGGGGCAUGCGGUGAAUUACCUUCUCCAUAUGACAGUCCACUUCUGCCUUUUUUCAUCUGGCAAUGUGGGGAGAUUAAGGAACUCAGUCAGAGAAUUACAAUCAUGGAGUUUGAAUUCUCAAAACUAAUAAGUCCAUGUUAUGGAAAAGUCCAGGUUGAAUUUACAGAGCCUGGGAUUUGCCAUGGAUUUGUGCUAUGGAUUGAUUGGGUAAUGGAUGCAAAGAAUUCUGUGGUGUUAUCUGGUGGGCCAGAUCAAAGAUUCUACAAGCAAGGAGUGAAACUUCUGGCACAGCCAGUGGCAGUCACUACCUGUGGAUCAACUGCAGCGGGUGAACGUUGUUCUUCUACAGUAAUCGAAGCAUCUUUUGAUCCCAUAAGUGGUGAACUCACCAUGAAUGCUUUCACAUAGGCGUUGUUACAUUAGUUUAGAUUUUGUAGUAAAGGUGGAACGGAAUCACAAAGCCAUCUUCCACAUUGGUAUUAAGUUUACACCUCCUUUUCGGUGACAUCGUUGCUUUUAGACUUGGAAA